UUAGUUUUUCAUCCAUCAAAGUGAUAUGGUCCAUAUAAACAGAGCAAAAGAUAAAUGAUUCAUACAAACCUUAUCAAAAAGCUACUACUACAAGCCUCAUCAUCAAGGAUGAUUCCAAAUGCAAACAAUCUUUCUUGCUUUGCUUGCAUUCUGGUGAAACUGAGGAUGCAAACAGAUCAGAGUGAUGUGUUACUUCCAAGGCAAUCUUCCACUAAACAGGAUGCAUCAUCCAAGGUGAGAUGAGAGUAUGAGACACCUCACCUCACUGUAGGAGACUCAUUGAAGCAGAACAAGGCAAAGGUGAGUCAGGAUAAUGAGAGCCUGAACACACUGACUGACCAACUCGAAGAAAACUACACUGUACUUUUUUUUUCUUUUUUCUGUUCUUUAGGCACCAAACUGGCGAGAGGCUGCUGCUCGACUUCCAGCGACUUCGCCCAGAAGCUGCUGCUCGACCUCCGGCGCCGCCGCGAGAGGCUCGGCUUCAACUCGCCGGCGCCGCCGCAGAGCACAUCGUCGUCCAAUGCCGCCGCUCUUCUUCGUUGUCCAACGCUGCCGCGGAAGGGGCGGGCAGCAUCGAACACCUUCUCCGAUUGCACGCCGCCGCCGCCGAGGCGGCCGUCUCGGCGAGGCUGCUUGAGCUGGCGACCGACGAUGACGCGGCGGGCCUCGGGAAGCUCCUUGCGGCGUGCCCCUCCCCCGCCAACGAGCCCGCGCCAUGGAGCUUCUGACCCCGCUCAGCCUCGACAUCAAGAACGACGCCUAGCCUCUGACCACUACAGCUGUGUGCCGAGCUCGGAGUUCGACCACGCCAUCGCUGCCGCUAUUGCCGCCGCCGUCUACCACCUCACCUCCAUCCGCAAGCAGCCGCACCACCACCCGUGCCUCUCGCCCGAGGCGGCUGCCGCAGCGAGGAGGUGCGUGGAACGGGAGGUCGCCGCGCUCCGCCACAUGCAUGGCCACCCGCACGUGGUGGGGCUCCUCGACGUCCUCGCCACCCGCUCCACCGUGUACCUCGUCCUCAAGCUCGCCCGCGGCGGCGGCGGCGUCAUCGCGACCUCCGUCUCCCCCUUUCCCCUUUCCCCGCAACGGGCGAGGAGGAGGAGGAGGAGGAGCAGCGGCGGCGGCUCGGUGAGGAAGAGGAGCGGCGCACAGUGGAGAAGCGGUUCGGCGAGGAGGAGGAGCGGCGGCGGAGGCUCGGUGAGGAAGAGGAGCUGCGCGCAGUGGAGGAGUGGCUCGGCGAGGAGUGGCGGCGGCGGGGCAGCUCGGCGAGGAGGAGGAGCGGCGGCGGCGGCUCGGUGAGGAGGAGGAGCGGCGCGCGAUGGAACAGACAGGUUGAGAUGCAUCAGGCAGCUGUUCUGACGUGGGGGCAUGAACCCGGUUGGAGAUGUGUGUGCGAUAGUUUGCCGACAUCAUGUUGUUGUAAUUGACACUCUAUUGGAAGUGAAUCAUUGAAGUUGCCAAAAAAAAUUGUAAUAUUAGACAAACAGAUAACAUGGAAAUUCAAUUUGCAACAAACGAGAGUAUACCACAAGAAUGUGGUGGUGUUGCUACUGCUCACCUCUUAUUUCACAUAUAGUGCAGUAGAAAGGCACCUCUUCAAAAUUCAGUUGCAGUUGAAGAUCGAUUUGA